GGCAAAAUUAAACCGAAGUUGUCUCAGAAAUGACAUCAAUAAAUAUCUUUGGCUCAACUCACCUCAGCUACCAGAAACAAUCGAGACCCAGGCAUUCCGUUCAAUUUCUGGGGGUCCUAUCCUUCGGAUCAACGCUAUCAAUGAUCGCACACACAAAAUGAAGCUCAUCCCAUGGGAAGACAUCCUCGAAGUCUUCCCGAACGCUAUCUAUCUUCGAGAUGCUAACGGCAUUGUUAUGCCUGCAAGAGACUUAUCCCUCAAAAGCGGAUGUCGUUCUAGAAGUUGUCUCAACGCAGGAUCCCCCGCCUACUUCUUCAAGGCCUCAAAACAUUACAAAGACAACCGACAUUAUUGAUUCACAAUCAGCAGGAAAAGACGUAGCAACAUCACUAUCAUCACAAGUGAAUGAUCAUGCCACAGAAUCACAGUAUGCUCAAACUAGGACAUCUACAUCAUCAACAGUAGCAUCAGAUAGGCGUAGUUCAGACAAAAUACAACAGCAGCAAAAGGAUGAAGACCAGCUGGACUGGACACCAUUCCAAGCAAACACUCUGCCUUUUCAAAAAAAUACAUCCACAUUGCUAUCAGAACAAAGUCAACUUAUACGGCAGGAGGUGAUCCAUUGGAUGCAGCUGCUAUCUGCAGAACAAGAAGAAAGAUUGGAGGUUAUGUUGAAGGCGCUUCGUAGACCUGCUCGGUAAUCUUUGAAUAUUUUUCUCGGUCUCUCAACUCUGCAUAAUAAAGAUUUGAAUCCGGU